AUGAUUGAAUUAUUUCAUAUUGUACCUAAUCUUAGUGCAAGUCAAUUGAAUCCUACUCAUGUCUAUAAACCUCCUUCAAAUAAUCAAAAAUACAAAUUUUUUCCAUAUAAACCAGCAGCUAUUGUUAGUGCUACUUUUUCUGAAGUACUAUUUCUUUUUAAUCCAACUUUUCUCAAAUUCGGUGCACUUUUUUAUCCUGAUGCUCACAAAAGUAGACAACAUCCAGCUGUUUGGACUCUAUUUAAUACAAGUUGUACUCAACAUGAAUAUGAAUUUGAUAGUGCAAUGAUAUUAGUUGAUAAAAGACGAGUAUGGAAUGGACUUUAUUUGACAAAACUAAUUCAUGAUUAUUAUCAAGUCUUUUAUCACCAUGUAACUGAUGGAGAUAAAGAUACAUUUCGAUUAAUUUUUCGUUAUAUGCAAAUCAAAUAUUAUUUAGUAAUGAUACCAUGUUCUACUGGUUCAUUCAAUAAUACUCAUUUUUGUGGUUUAACACUUUGUAAGACAGAUAGUCUUUCACAACAUAUCUAUGUCAAUUUAUUAACAACAUUAACAAAAACUUAUCCAACAAUUGAUUUAAAAGAAAAUAUUCCAAUAAAUACAAAUAUUUUAGAAUUAACAAAUGAAAUAAAAGAUUUAAAAUUAGUUUUAUUAAAUUUAGGUGGAUUUGAAACAAAUUUAUUUACAAUAAAAGAUCAAAAUUUAUUUACAAUAAAUGAAAUUGAUCGGGAAAAAUUAAUAGGUGAAAAAAAAUGUUUUGAUCGUUCAUAUUGUUUAAUUGAACUUCAUAUACUUGUUAAUGAUGGUGAACAAUAUUGGGUUAUACCAAUACAUAUUAUUGAUGAAAAUGAUAAUAAACCAGAAUUUCGAAAUUCCUCAAUAGAAUUAAAAUUUCGUGAAAAUAUAUUUGGUGGAUAUAAAAUAUUAUUUGAAGGUGCAAAAGAUUUAGAUGAAGGUUUAAAUGGUAAAAUCGAUUAUAUUCUUGAUUGUUCAAAAAAAAAAGAAAAAUUAAUAAUAAAAGAAAAUAAAAAUAAAACAUUAAUAAAUUGUUUACCAUUAUUUGAAUUUGAAAUAAUAUCAAAAUCAUUAUUAUUAAAUCAAUAUGAUCAAUUAGCAUUAAAAUAUAAUUCAUUAAUAAAAAAUGAAUAUAUUGAAAAUGAAUAUAAUUUAAUUUUAUAUGCAAUUAAUUAUAAUUUAAUUAAUAAUAAUGAAUUAUUUAAUUUAAUGAAUAUAAAUAUUAAAAUUGAAAAAAUAUUAAAAAAACCAAAAUUUGAUUUAUUUGAAUAUAAAUUUAUAAUAAAAAUAAAAUCAUUUUUAAAAAAUGGAACAAUAUUAGGUAAUGUUAAUGCAAAAUCAAAUGAUAAAAAAAAUAAAAUUUUAUAUAAAUUAAUAAAUAAAACAAAUUUUAUUGAAAUAAAUUCUUUAACAGGUGAAUUAUUUAUAUCAAAUGAAAAUUUUUUAUUAAAUAAUAAUUAUUUAAAUAAUAAUAUAAAUUUAUUAAUUGAAGGAUUUUAUUUAAAUAAUAAAUAUUUAAAUUGUUUUACUAAUGUUAAAAUAUAUUUUCGUUUAAUAAAUUACAUUAAUAAUAUUUCAUAUUAUUUUAAUAUUCAAUCAUUAUUUAUUAAACAAUUAAAUAAUUCAAAUCAAUUUUUUAUUUAUAAAAAUAUUUCAAUAAAUGAAAUUUUAUUUCAAAUAAAUCUUUUUUCUUUUUAUUAUCCAUUUGAUAAAUAUAUUCUUUUACUUGAUGAUAAUUAUUAUUCAACAUUUUCACUUAUUUCUUCUCCUUUAAUAAAUAAUUUUAUUUUAAAAAUUUCAAAUUAUCUUUCUUCAAAAUUAAUUUAUUUAUUAAAUAUUCGAAUAAAACAUGAAUUAACUCAAGAAUGGUUAUCAACAAAUAUAACAAUUCAAUUUAUUCUUAUUGAUCAAUUAACAACUAUUUCUAAUUUUAUUCAACCAUCUUUACCUUCAUCUUCAUCUUUAACUUCAUCUUUAACUUCAUCUUUAUUAAAUAUUUGUUUAGAAAAUUCAACUUAUUUUCUUUAUGAUUUUUAUAAUAAAAAUCAAAUUGGAAAAUUAAAAGUUAUUGAAACAAAUUUAAAUAUUUCAAUUUUUUCAAAUUAUUUAAUUUUAAUUAAUAAAAAUGAAAUAGUUAUUAAUCAAUGUCGAAUGUUAAUUGAUCAAUUUAAUUUAAAUUAUUUAAAUCAAACUCAAUAUGAAUUAUGUUCAUUUGAUUAUUUUUGUUUUAAUAUAACAUUAAUUAAUCAACAACAAUUUUCGUUUUUUUCAAUUAAAAAUAAAAAUAAAAAUUUUAUUUUAAAAUCAAUUUUAUCAAUUCGACCUAUUGAAAUAACAAUUUUUACUUUUUCACUUAUAUUUAUUAUGGCAACAAUAACAUUAAUAUUAAUUAUUUGUCGAUUAAAAGGUUUUCAUCUUUGUUUAUCAAUUAAAAAUUAUUUAUUUUAUGGAAAAAAAUAUGGUUUAAAUAAUGCUCAACGUCUUUCAUCAACAAAAAUGACACAAAGAGUUCAUUCAAUUGUUGUUCGAGAAUCUCGAUCACCUUCUUUUGAACAUAUUGAAUCUAAACCAUAUAUAUUUAAUUUUAAUCAAGUUAGUGACCAAGAUACAAUUCCAUCAAUAAAUAUAUAUUCUCAAUCAUCUCCUCAUUUACCAAUAUCAUUAUCUUCUACAUCAUCAAUUCAACAAGAAGAAAGAACAAUAUCAAAUGUUGAUAAUGAAAUAACACCUCGAACAUCAUCAUCAUCAUCAUUUAUACAUGAGACAAAACAUUUAUUAGAUAUUAUGUCAAUAAAUCAGGAUUUACAUAUGUCAACAUUAGCUUCUGAAGUUUAA